UGAAAUUGCCGGCAAUAUACCGAAACCUUCCAUUGAGACGAUCCAUGAUCGUAUUGGUUACGAUCCUAGGCCUAAGCUCAACUAGUGAAUCCAUGAUUAUUGAUCGUAUCGCCUCAGCAAUCUGUGAUAAAGAUAAAAAAUAACAAAUACGUUACAGUGAUUCAUAAAAAUGACGAUGUUUUUAUGACAAAAAGUGAUAGAAUAAUAAACCACGGUUACGUAAUGAUCAUGAAUUAGUUAUAGAAACUAGUGAAUACAUGUUAAUGAAGUAAGACGACAUCUUUAGUGAAGUAAGACGACAUCUUGAAUCAAGUAUGGCGGAUUUCAAUGUCUGGUCUUAUCUCGCAAAACUCCGGGUCCAAGUUCGAGGCCCUAACGAUCCUUUCUUUGAGGACGGAGAUCAUCUCUGCAAGGUGAAUUCUCCAGUAUCUGUGACGGUAGAGGAUGUUGAAGAGUUCCUGCACAAGGAAUACCAGGAGUUCUCUUGCCAGGUUCCUGGAUGUCAGGAGCGGUUUAAGCAGCUUUAUCAGUGUGAACAGCAUUACAAUGCUGCUCAUAAACACAGCUGCUCCGUCUGUAAAAAAUCCUUACCAAGUAAUCAUUUGCUUGAGCUUCAUCUGCAGGAAAACCAUGAUUCCUUUUUCUCUGUACUUGCAGAGAAAAAACCAUCUUUUCAGUGUUUUCUACCAACAUGUGAUGUGAAAUUCUGGGGUCCGGAGGAGAGGAGAGAUCAUGCUAUAUCUUCACACUACUUCCCACCAGACUUCCGGUUUGAUCAGAUCAAGAAGAAGCCAAGGAAAAAGAAUUCCAAAACCAAGGAAACGGUUAGAAAUGGAACCGGAGACAGCAUGGAAGUGGAGGAGAAAAAUGGAGCAGAAGAGAAGAAAAUUGGAAAUAAAAUGGAGAAUGACAUUCAAAACAAAAUUGAGAACAAAAUGGAGAUUGACGGAGAAGAAGUCAUCCUUCGCCGCAGUUCUGCCGCUAAACGACCUAUUUCUCUAGCAAGGAUGGGAGAGAGGGUUUCUGUAGUCGAAUCUCCAAUAUCUCCUAAUCCCCUACCCGCUCCAUUUCCUUCCACAUCAGACUCUUCUCCUCAUCUUCCUUUUCCUACCCUUCCUGCCACCCCUCCACAAACCCAGGAGUUCUCCGGCCUUUCCCUAGCAAAGCUUGGCUUUCAUGGUAAUUUAGAAGCACGUCGAGAAUCUUUAAACACCAACCGGGAAUCCGUCUAUCUAGGAUCUCGAGAAUCAGUCUCCCAGUCCCCGAGAGAAUCCGCGAAAUCUCCGCAAGAUUCCAUAGGAUCCAGUCGAACCAGGUCGCGUGCCUCACGUGAACAUGAAAAUCAUCUAGGAAACGGAAACGGAAAUAGUUCUCCUCGUAAUAAUAAAUCUAGGCCUGCAUCUGUUCAGGAUUCAGAGAAUUCUCCGUGCUCAAGUCCGCGGAAAAGUAAGAUCCCUGUUCGCUCUAACUCCUGCCGAGCUCCGAAAACCUUCUCAUUCGGUGCAGGGGUGCCAAGAGGGUUUCUACGGCCGAAGGAGAAGCAUUGGUUCCAGAGCACCCAGAGUAUCAAUACCGUCUCAGAUAUUCAAACCUCGGACUUCUCUGCGUUAAAAGGCGCUCUACCAUCCUAGCCGUUCUUCCUGGGGGCUCUACCAUCCUAGCCGUUCUUCCUGAGGGCUGAUCAAUCCUCACAACCCACAUUCCACAUUCCCUCAGACAGCAGCAAUUCAGAGUUGUUCAUUUCUUACCAAUAUGAUUUUAUACAAUAUACAUACACAAUAAACAUACAUGUAUAUUGUA